AAUCAGCAUCCGCCGUUCCGAAAGUUGCCUUUUAUGGCUCGAGUGGCCGCUGUGGCGUCCUAUAAAACCCGGCGGCGCAACGCGCAGCCACUGUCGAGUCCUCCUCCACCCGCGAGUGAUCAUCUCGCAGUUUCUCUGUCGCCGGUCCACACCCGCCACUAGUUCGACAUGGAUGACGAUAUCGCUGCGCUCGUUGUUGACAACGGCUCCGGCAUGUGCAAGGCCGGCUUCGCGGGCGACGAUGCUCCCCGGGCCGUCUUCCCCUCCAUCGUAGGCCGCCCUAGGCACCAGGGCGUGAUGGUGGGUAUGGGUCAGAAGGACUCCUACGUGGGCGACGAGGCCCAGAGCAAGAGAGGCAUCCUGACCCUGAAGUACCCCAUUGAACACGGCAUCGUCACUAACUGGGACGAUAUGGAGAAGAUCUGGCACCACACCUUCUACAACGAGCUGCGUGUGGCUCCCGAGGAGCACCCUGUGCUGCUCACCGAGGCCCCCCUGAACCCCAAGGCCAACCGUGAAAAGAUGACCCAGAUCAUGUUUGAGACCUUCAAUACCCCAGCCAUGUACGUAGCCAUCCAGGCUGUGCUGUCCCUGUAUGCCUCUGGUCGUACCACUGGCAUUGUGAUGGACUCCGGAGACGGGGUCACCCACACUGUGCCCAUCUAUGAGGGCUACGCUCUCCCUCACGCCAUCCUGCGUCUGGACCUGGCUGGCCGGGACCUGACAGACUACCUCAUGAAGAUCCUGACCGAGCGUGGCUACAGCUUCACCACCACAGCUGAGAGGGAAAUCGUGCGUGACAUCAAAGAGAAGCUGUGCUAUGUUGCCCUGGACUUCGAGCAAGAGAUGGCCACUGCUGCAUCCUCUUCCUCCCUGGAGAAGAGCUAUGAGCUGCCUGAUGGCCAGGUCAUCACAAUUGGCAAUGAGCGGUUCCGCUGCCCCGAGGCUCUUUUCCAGCCUUCCUUCCUGGGUAUGGAAUCCUGUGGCAUCCAUGAAACUACAUUCAAUUCCAUCAUGAAGUGUGAUGUUGACAUCCGCAAAGACCUCUAUGCCAACACGGUGCUGUCUGGUGGCACCACCAUGUACCCAGGCAUUGCUGACCGGAUGCAGAAGGAGAUCACUGCUCUGGCUCCUAGCACCAUGAAGAUCAAGAUCAUUGCUCCUCCUGAGCGCAAGUACUCUGUGUGGAUCGGCGGCUCCAUCCUGGCCUCCCUGUCCACCUUCCAGCAGAUGUGGAUCAGCAAGCAGGAAUACGACGAGUCGGGCCCCUCCAUCGUCCACCGCAAGUGCUUCUAGGCGGACUGUUCCAAGCUGCGUUUCACACCCUUUCUUUUGACAAAACCUAACUUGCGCAGAAAAAA